AUGGUGAAACGGCUUACCGUGGUGCUGUCUCGCCACUCCAUCUUUCGCGGCCCCAACUUCUCAGUGCUCAAGGGAACCAUGACCAAGGACCCGAUCCAUAUCCUGAACGCGGUUCUCGAGGACGCCAGAGAGUACAAGAAAGAGGUCUGGGUGCUGCUGCAGGACAUGAAGCGGUGCUUUGAUUCGGUAUCGUGUCAGAGAGGUGGAAUGCUGGAACUCGGUCUGCGACAUCUCAAGAUCCCACAGGGGUUCAUCGACCUGUGCCUUUACGUCGCGAGAAACAAGACCAAUCGUAUCAUCACCGCAUACGGACUUACGGAAGAAUACUCUCCUCUCUGCGGCCUGGAUCAGGGUGGAGUAGAGUGUCCCCUACUUUGGCGCAUCGUCUAUGAAGUACUCCUCGCCCAGAUCUGGCAGUCCAACCUCGGCUACCCUAUGGUUAACAGGGCUGACCUGCAGGCGUUCCACAAGAUCCCAACGUUCGACUCACUGCAUCCUGACACCCCGCUCCGCAUUGCCUGCCUUGCCUUCAUGGACGACACGGACUGGAUAGCACCGUCUAAGGCUAAGCUACAAGAGAUCACAAACAAAGCGAUGAGUUUCUUUCAAUUACAUGGUAUUGAGAUUAACCCAAAAAAAUCAGAACUAAUCGUGGUCAAUUCUACCUCUGCUGAUUCCUCUAUUAGACUCGGUGCGGAUACGGUGACCGCUCUACCUCCUGGCACUGCUGCCAGGGUCCUGGGUGUGUGGUUCUCUGCUGACGGAAAGGGAGCCCAUACACGCCGGCUAGUGAAGGAGGAGGUGUCAACGAUGUGUCAGAUACUCUCGCGGAAGGCUAUCACCGACAAGCAGUGCAUUUACAUCUUCAAUAAUGUUCUACUGCCACGGAUACUUUACCGGUUGUCAGUGACAAUCCUUAGCCCUCGCGAGACAAAGACCAUUGUCAGCCAGUACACCAACGUCGUUCGCCAGAAGGUGGGGCUGCCCCUCGGCUCGCCGGCCAGCAUCCUGUUCCAUCGUCGACUGUACGGUCUCCGAGACCUUGAAGAUGCCAUGAUCGAGGAGCAAGUUUCAACUGCACAUCUGCGGCUAAACGACCAGGAGCUGCUGGGCAUGGUGAUGGCGUCUCGAGCAACAGCCCAUCAAGCAGAGUGCCGCCUUACGAUAUCCCCCUUUGACGUACCAACCAUUGGAGCUCAAUUCCUUCGCAACAAUUUCUUCGGACACGUUUGCCGCCUCAUGGUCGAGAGGGGUAUCACCUUCCAGUCGCCAGGGAUCCCUGUCAACGUUUCUCGAUACAUCGGCCUCCUUAUGCCCCCAGGCGGAUACCCAAAAAUCGCCCACCGACUCUUUGUGGACGGAGUUGUCACUCUGGAUGAUGUGUCGACAGACGAUGGCCAAUCUCUGGCUCCAUGGCAGGAUAUCCGAGCACAGUACAAUUUGAAAGGUCCUGUCCGCCGUUGGUUCAAGGAACUGGUGAAAGUCGUCACCUUGGCUAUGCCAGCUGCUGCCUCCGUCGACGCCCCGGCGUCUUCCCUUAUCGUCGAGGAGGGCCAUUCUAUUACGCCUGCAAGUCCAGAGGUGUUGUACGAAGACGGCGACUCCUCCGAGGAAGAGCCAUUGAUCAAUCGGGCCAUCGAACGCCGACGAGGGCAACAAAGAGGCGUGGAGAUCGUUUCUCCAGCUCGUGCCUUUGCGUUUAACAGAACCACCGCAACGACAGUACUAGACCUUGUCCUUUCGCAGGUCGUCGUUCCUGCUCCAGUCUCGAGUCCCGUCUCAUCGCCGGCUCUUUCGCCUGUCACUGUUCCAACUCCAGUUUUGAGUCCCGGCCCUUCUCUGACAGGUACUCCACCACCCAACACUCCUAACACUCCAACAUGUCCCCCUACUCCAACAUUCUCCCCCACUCCAGCAACUCUCACCACCCCCACUCCAGCAACUCUCACCACCCCCUCACCUCUCCCGCCUGAUACAACCGAUCUUGUCUUUGAGCGAGCAGUCGACACACUGGACGACGCUUGCAGAGAGCGUCUCCUCCGUCCCGCGGCCAAAUACGAUGCCGAGAUCCUUCGCAUCAACAGCGACACCAGGAAAAAACAGUCGGCAGACAACACAAAGUAUGAUGGACUCAGAAGCCGAUACCGGAGUCAACUUGCCAGGAAACCACAAGAACUGGCUGCCAUUCUUUUGAUGACCAAUACUCAGGCCGACAACGCAGCCGCCCGCAUCAAGUCAAUUUCUAGUCGUCGCAAGACCGUCGCCCUUGGGAUACGUCGCCGGGCCACCGAGGCCGUCAACGAAUACCGUGCUCAUCGCCUUGUCUCUCUUCGCUCGGAUUUGGAGAUCAGGCUGACCAGGAAAGCAGAGGACUAUCGAUUGAGGGUGCAACAGCUGGAAUCCUCCCAAGCCAGGAAACUGCAACAGCAGAAAGAAACAGAGGCACUCCAUCAACAACACCAAGCCAGGAGACUGCAGCAGAAAGAGGAAAAGGAAGCACUCCGUCAACAACACCAAGCCAGGAGACUGCAGCAGAAAAAGGACAAGGAAGCACUCCGUCAACAACACCGCUUGGUCGUCGCUCGCCUAAAAGAGAUCCUAUCCAGCCUCAAGGAAACGAAACCACGAUACAAACCAGCCUUUGACACAGAUGCUAGCUUUCCUUUGCAAGAACACCAUCAAGUCCAACCACCGCCUGUACCAGGACCCCCGACCACACAGAUCGGCCCCCUUUGCCUGUCUCCAGUAGAGGCGGCGUCCAUGCGCGUAGUUCAGGACACACACGUCGACAACUCCACCCCUCGCGUCCUGUACUCUGACGGAUCUCUUCUGAACUCGGGAACGCUAGAAGUAUCCCAGGCCUUUGGAGUGGUGGAUCUCACUCAGGACAACCCUCUGACAGUACAAGGACGAACGGACGGUCACGCAUCCUCGGCUAAGGCCGAGCUCAUGGGCUUAUUAGCCGCAGUCCUGUCAGCACCACCGGAACAGGACAUUGUGGUCAAGCUGGACAAUCAGUCAGUGGUGGAUCAGUAUAGUCGCCUGGUGAAGAAUCGUCGGGACACCUUACCGAGGAAGCGAUUCAGGAGUACAUAUGCGGGUAUCUGGGCGGUGCUUUGUCAGGUUGUGGAAUCUCGGCCAGGCGGGGUUGAGGUGGUGUGGAUCAAAGGUCACAGCAACAUCCACGGAAACGAACUUGCGGAUCAGGCGGCGAAGGUGGCAGCACAGAGUGGUUCAGUGCCCUGGAUGGUGGAUCUCACUCAACAGACGGAUAUCACGACCUUUGCACAUUGUUACGGCGGGAUUGUUGAAAUCGAUCUACGUCAGCUCCUCAAACAACAAUCGACAAUCCGUCACCAUCAGGCCUGGACGUCACAGAGGCGGGUCAAGAGGGCGAUCCCUGACAUCGAGGACGUGGAAUGGAACUCGACCUUGGCUUAUGUCCACGACAGGCACGCAGUCUUCACCUUUUACAGCAACAGCAAGGACUCCCAUCAAAGAACACAUCACAUCAAAAAGCUGCAUGGAAUGCUGCCCACUCUGAACUCCAUGCAGGCUCGCAAGCCCAACCUGUACCCAACAUGCGUGUGCCGACGAUGCGAGCUCGAGAAGGAGGAUAACGAUCACGUCUGGAAAUGCCCUUCGGCAGCUGAGACCACCACUGAGAUCUGGAAGGAGGCCAUGGGCAAGAUUAAUGAGUGGGGUGUGCAGGCGACAAACAGCUACAACGCAGCCAGGAAGCGGGAAUACAAACGCGCGGUGGACAGAGGUCGUCAGGUACCGAGGCCAGUACCCAUACACUGGUGGCCCCCUUCGGAUGCAGAUCAUGUACGAGGAUUUUCCUCCAUCGGUGGAGCUCGAGCCGUGCACAGCGGUAGUCCAGCUCUCGAUCGAGACGAGAAACCGAUGUGGAAUGUGUCGGAUCUCCUCCGCGGCAUCACCCCCUUGAGCAUGUUGACUGAAUGGUCCGCGGUCUUCCGGACCCCAAUGUCCAUCGCCAAGACAGUCCUUCACAAGUUUGUUGGCUACCUGGAGGCGCAGGCCUCGGAGCUGAUCUGGAAACCUCGGUGCUCCGCGACGAUCGCGUGGGAGCAGACCCAGGGCAUCUCUGCCAAGGACAAGACAUCCAAGUACACAGGCCCCCGAGGUGACUGGAGUCAAGGAUACGGUUACAUCACGCAUGAUGGUUUCUGUCCGUGUGGCGCUUCGCUAGCCACACAUUGUGAAGGAAGGUGCCCUGGGGCGACCAAGGACCCACGCGCUGCUGACGAGCGUUUGUUGGAGAGUUUGUUAGGAAGGAGGAGGUUGUCAAUGAUGGAGAGGAUGGGAAGAAUCCCCUUCAUUCGUAUCUAG